AUGUGCCAGUUCACAUAUACACAUCUCGAAUGCGGGCACAGGAAGCAAGAUCAUAUCGACACCCAUUUAUGCGAAUACUUUGCAAGAAAAGGAAUUCAUUGUCAGCCCGACAACCCAAAGCACAGAGAACGAGGGACUACAAUAAUCACUCGAAAGAGGAAUGGGAUAUGCGACAAGUGUAUCUUUGAAGGUGGACAGAAGCCGGAAGAAGACGAGAAGCGUAGAGAAUGGGAAGCAAAAGAGCAGGCGGCUAUGUUGAAGGAGCAGCAGGAGGCACCCAUAAGAGACAGAGAAGCUCGGGAGGCUGCCGAGCGCCUACAGAGAGAGGAAACGGCUCGCCUGCGUAAAGAGGAGGCGAAGCGUAAAGAGGACCGAGAGAGGGCGGAUCACGCGGAAAAAGCACGACUGGCCAAAGAGAAAGCACGUCUGGCGCAAGAAGAAGCGGACAGGAAAGUGGCUGAACGCCUGCAGAAGGAGGAAUAUGACCGGGAGAGAAGACAUAUAGCUGAUGAGAGAGCCGCUGCAGCUGAACGCCGACGCCAGGAGGAAGAGAAACAGAAGAAGCAAGAGCAGGCUGAAGAGGUACGGAGUCGUGAACGCAGGCGACAGGAGAAGGCGAGACUUCAGGAGCAACUGAACAAAGACGUCGAGGCUGAGCGCCAACGCAUCCAGCGGGAGAAGGCCCAGAAGGAAGCUGCACGCCGCAAGAAAGAGGAGGUCGAACACCAGGAAGAAUUGAGACGCAUCAAAGAGGAAGCUGAUCGCAAACGCCGUCAGCAGGCGGAAGAGGAGGAAGCUGACCGCAUCCAGGAGGAACAGGCAGCUGCGCGCAGAGAGAAGGCGGAUCGCGAGGAGCGUGAGCGUCUGUCCCGUCGGCAAGCAGAAGACGAAGAGGUCGAACGGCAGCGAAAAGCACAACUCGAGCGCAACGAGGCACUGAAGAGAGAACUGCAAGCGGAGAAAGAUCGUAAAAAGCAGCAGCAAGAUGCUGAGCAUGCAGAAAGACUCGCACGGGAAAAGGCUGAGGACGACAGAGUCAAAAGGGAGAACGAGGAAAUGGAGCAGCAUCUAGCAAGACAGCGAGCCUCUCCUGAAAGACCAGCAACUUCACCGCCUCCCAAGCCGCCAUUCCCAACGCCCAGAUCCCCCAUAGACAUAAGCAAGAUAGUCGGCAACGUCGGGUCCCCAGAACUCAGCCACUUCUCAAUAGGCGGCCGAAGAAUACCACUCCACGACUCCCAAAAGCUCACCGAACACCCCACAAUCCCAACAUCAUCCCCACCACCCAACUUCAAACCAGCACCCGCGCCCGUCGCCCGCCUGGGAGGUACCAUCUACGCCAGUCCAACAGACUGGACACCGCAACAAGCCGGCGUCGCAAGCACGCCGUCGACGCCCGACUGGAAAAGGGGAUUCCGCCCACAAGCAGGCUCGAAAAGCGUCCCUGCGCCCUGCGAGCCAGCCAUGGAUCCAGUACUGCAGCGCCGACUGGAUGCGCAGCGGCGGAAGUGUGAGGAAGACGAGGCGACACAUACCACUUCACCCGAGACGCCGGGUGCGAAUCCCGUGUCCACAUUUACUUCCAUGCCGACACCCACCCCAUGUGCACCACGAGCCUCGACGUCGUCUACCCCUCUCCCUCCGCCUCCUCCAACUCAUUCUGCAGCCUACGCCAACGCCCCGCCAAAACCCAAACCCCCCGUUAAACCAAAGCGCAUCUCCAGCGCCACGAUGAGUCCAGUCCCCGCACCCCGUGCGGUAGAACAGACGGCACGCGUACGCGUCGACUCGGCUGCUGCGGACGUCUCCACGAGCAAGCAUGCUAGUGAUAGUGGGAGCGAGAGUGAUGGUGAAAGUGAGGGCGGAGAGAGUGCGUGGGAUGAACCAGAUAGUCGCGUUAUGCGGGCACAGCGGCUGUCGCAGGAUAAAUUUGGGAAACAGAGGAGGGCGGGAUGGAGUGGGGAGUGA